AUGUCGUCCCUUCCCAAGACUAUGAAGGCGGUUGUCAUCGAAAAGACGGGAGGAACCGAUGUGCUGCAGUACAAGACCGAUGUGCCAGUCCCUGAACCCAAGGGCGAUGAAGUCCUCAUCAAGAACGAGUAUAUUGGCAUCAACUUCAUUGACACCUACUUCCGCUCUGGCGUCUACACACCCCCCUCGCUCCCAUACAUUCUGGGGCGCGAAGGUUCCGGUACCAUCGCUGCAGUCGGCCCCAAGGCGCCAUCUGACCUCACCGUUGGAGCUCGUGUAGUCUACAUGGGUCAGAAUGCAUAUGCUGAGUACACCGCCACGACCGCCAAAUACGUGGUCACCAUUCCGGACUCCAUCAGCACCAAGAUUGGCGCCGCGGUACCCCUCCAGGCUCUGACUGCCCUUACUCUGAUUCGUGAAGCGUAUGCUGUGCAGAAAGGGGACUGGGUCCUGGUUACUGCUGCUGCAGGUGGUGUGGGGUUGUGGCUCUGCCAGUUGUUGAAGGCGGUUGGCGCGAGGACGAUUGCAACAGCGAGUACGCCUGAGAAGAGGCAGCUUGCCAAAGAAAACGGCGCAGAGGUGUUACUUGAGUACCACGCAGACGACCGCGAUGUGUUUGUGAAGAAGGUCCUGGAGAUCACCGGCGGGGAGGGCGUGCAUGCAGUGUUCGAUUCUGUAGGCAAGGAUACGUUCGACAGCAGUCUGGCGGUUGUUAGGAGAAAGGGUACGAUGGUGAGCUUCGGCAACGCUUCUGGACCAGUCACUGGAUUUGCUCUUAGCCGCCUGUCAGCAAAAAAUGCCAAGCUCUUGCGCACCACGCUUUUCAACUACAUCGCCACCCGCGAGGAGUUCCAGCAGUAUGCCAAGGAACUGUGGAGCUUCAUCGAGAAAGACGGGUUGAACGUCAAGAUCCACAACGUCUACCCAUUGGAGGACAUCAAGCGCGCCACUGAGGACAUCGAAGGACGGAAGACGACUGGAAAGCUGUUGUUGAAGCCGUAG